CAGCACGCAGUGGCAACGGUGCACCGCUCGGCUGCCUCAAGCAGCUCUUUCGACUGUAUGAAGCGUUAUUGUCGAGGGUACGCAUUUUCCAUAACUCAAUGGGCAAAAACUCCAACCACAUGAGAAAUUAUGGUUUUUGGCGAACUGUUUACCACACAACUUUUCUCAUGAAAUCACGUGCUAAUAUUUUGGCCCAUCAUUCGAAUCCUCUCCGGUGUGGAUUAGUCAACGUUUGUUAGAUUGUGAAGGGAAUUUUUAUCUGUUGGAUUGUAUAUCGUUCAACGGCGUGUCCAUGCCGUCCUUUCAAGAUUUACUGGUGAGGAUCCAUAAUCAGCGCACUGUCGAUGAGGAUGUACCGCGCAAAAUGACAUGUCGAACGCCGAGUUCCGCGUCUAGUCACUCCACGCACAGCCAUUCAUCCUCGUCGUCCACGUUCUCGUCCCUGUCGACGGGCAGUACAUCGUCAGCUGCCUCCGAUGACGGCUGGCAGAAGGACAUCGAAAUACGGGAGAUUUAUAAAAGCGGGAAGCUAAAAUUGAUCCCAUUGGAAAAACGGAUCUUUACUCGACAGCGGGAAAAGGCGUAUUAUUGUUUAUUUUGCAUCCACGAUGAGAGCCGUCCAUUUUGGAGCUGUACGAGGAUCACAGGAGUUCCUUAUCGCAUGAGCCACUGCGGGUGAUCACGCUCAGCCAGUGCCAGCACGUUUCCAAUAUCAAUCCCAAUCAGCACUCCUUCACGCUCACACUGGCCAACGAAAUCUACCAGCUGGCCGCGGAGAAUCA